AUGCUCAACGGUGAAGACUAUCAGCUAGAGGACGACAGUGAAGACCAACAGCAGAGAACAGCAGCGAAGGCCCGCAGCUGGAGGACAACAUCGGAGAUCAACAGAAGGAGACACAGAGACCAAGAGCAGAUGACGAAGACCAAGUGA